UUUGAGGGCAUCUGCAAAUGAUUGCUGACUGCAGCGGGAGGAGGGUGUGAUCCAAUGUUCCUCCACGGAGCUGAACUGAAGCUGAAUCCUCCGACAGCCGCGCUCAGAUAGCCCACAGAGGAGCAUGAUCGGCGGCAUGGACGCGCAGAGCCUCAUCUCCAUCUCCCUGAUGAAGAUCCACAACUCCAGGACGCAGCGCGGCGGCAUCAAGCUGCACAAGAACCUGCUGGUGUCCUACGUGCUGCGGAACGCGCGGCAGGUCUACAUUAAGGAGAAAUACGCGGAGAUCUACCGGAUGCAGCAGUACGAGGAGGUGAUGACGGUCUGCAACGAGAUCCAGGAGCUCAACCCGCUGGACUUGGACGCGGAGGAGGCGGACGAGGAGGAGCGGAGCCGCGGGGAGGAGAGCUCCGUCUGCGGCGCUGCGCUCCAGCGAGGCGCGGCGCAGCCAGCGGCGCUCUGCCGGACGGGGAGCGCUGUGUCCGGCUGCUGCCCGCUGGAGGAUGUCGGUAAGGACCCGGAGCCUUCCUACUACCGGAGCUGCUGCAUGGAGGCUCCACCGGCGGCUCCGUGCGACCCGUUCACCGGUAGCGGCGGCGCGCACUGCAACAAAACCACCGUGCUGGACCUGGACACGCAUGUGGUGACCACGGUGGAGAACGGCUUCCUGCACCAGGACUGCUGCUGCGCUCCCACCGGACAGUCCGCCGCCAAGAAGCGGAAGGUGGAGUUCGGCUGCUGCGUCUCGGACCUGGACGACGUUCCGGAUUUUACCCGCAAACGGGCCAAACGGGAGGACUGCUCGUUCUCGGACUACACGGACACUUCCAACAUCUCCAACCUGAUCUCCAUCUUCGGUUCGGGGUUUUCGGGGCUGCUGAGCCGACAGGCGGACCUGGAGCAGAUCUGUAGCAAGCAGGCUCUGGCCAGUCUGGGCGCCUGGACCCGGGCCAUAGUGGCGUUCUGACCCGACACCUAGUCCCGGAGACCGGCUCGGCUCGAACGCAGCAAACAGGAAGUUGUGACCUGGAGGAAACCUGCCAGUAAUCUGUGGAACUUUUGCUUUUUGUUGUUGCACUUUGAGCUAAAUAUUGGCAGCAGAACUUCUCCACGGAGCUGGUGGACCAAACAUGUGAUUCUUCACAUGUUUGUUCUGGAGACAUAUUUGUUCUGGAGAUGAUGCCUCACAUCUCCAGAACAUCAGAUGAAGCUCCACAUCUUUGUUCCACCACCAGUCUGCUCUCUGAUUGGCUGAAACAGUUCUCAUUAAGGAACCUGUUAAAAUUUAAAGUUGUUGAUACCUCAAAGCACACCUGUGUCUUAGAAAAAGUGACAUCACUGACGCUCGCUUCUGAUUGGAGGAGCUGAAGGCGUUCCAGCCGAGGCCGGUCUCCCAUCCUGGUGUCUAAAAAAAUCCACUUUAUUUUUGCAGGAAAAACAGAAAAAGAUAUUUAUAAAAUGAGGGUUUUAAAGGACAGAGUUGGUGCCAUACGUUACGACGUGGUUUCUGGAGGGACAUCUUGACGGUGGAUCAAACUUCCGUUGCCUUAAAUCCGAAGCUAUCUGCGGCUAGCUGACGACCUGAACGUAGGAAGUGACUGAAUGUUUGUGUUUCUUGCACACCAUUGGGAAGUUGGUGGACUCGUUGGGGUUCUGGGAUGUUCCACGUGGGUCGUUUAACAUCCGUUUGUUUCUUAAUCGUGGUCUUUUCACAGCGGUUCAUGAUUCCAGUUAGUGAGUUCCACUUUGUAAAAAACAAAACAACAACGAAAAGAAAGAAUGAUCCGAGUCCUUUUGUUUUAAAAAGGCGUCGUCAGCCAUAAGUAUCCUGAGAAUCCAUGCGUUAGCUUUAUGAGCACUAUGUGUACCAAAAUAAAGAGAGUAUUCAGCCAUUCUCGACAUAUUUUGUUGUUAUUCUUGUAUUUUUGUGCUUAAUAAAUUGUAUAUCACCGGGUAAAACUGUUCAAGAAAAGAUAUUUGUUAAAAGUUUAUAAUCUUAAUAAAAAAUGAAAAUCCUUAA